AAAGUAGAUGUUUUCAUUUCAGAUCAAUAUAACUGUGAUUGGAAAAGCUUAGAAAAUUACAUAGGAAUUUAAAAAUGCUUCUGUCCGCAAUCUUGGUUAGUUUAUUACUCUCAUUCCAAACGACAUCAGCGCAGCAACCGACAACUGCUUCUAAUUUAUUGGAUUGUGCACUGAUGGUGAAAAGCUGUCAGUCGCUAUGUAAAACCACGUCGCAAAAUAAAUACGUAGAAUGGGUGUACCAUGCAACUAGUGGGGUACUGUCAUCGUGUAACCAGCUGACUAUUGGCGCAAAACAGCAAUCGGUCACUCCAAAAGUGGUGUCAGGCCAAUCAGACUACCCGUUAGUGAUCACGUUCAAAGUCUACUGCUGCAGCCAAACGAACCGAACAGACAACAACAAUAACAACAACAACAACAACGACAACAACAAUAAUAAUGCUGUUCAAUGCCAAACUGGGAGUGCUACUGCUGAUGGCAACAUCGUUGCAAAUAACAAUAAACUAAACAUGAUUUUAUACGUCGGCUUUGCCACGCUGGCAUGCUGUUUGGUCGCUUGCUGGAUGAUUGUAGCAGCCAUUUUCUUACAAGGACGAAGAACUUCUAAUACGAAAAACAAGCUUGGUCAUGAGAGGCUUCUUUUGAGAGAUUCAGACAAAACAACUUCCAGUACAUACGCUACAACGUCAGCAGAAUCCAGCAACGAGAAUAGAGCAGCAGAACUACCGACUGUUCGAUUACAUUCUGGCAACCUUCCUUAUAAAAAUGCAGUAGGAAACACCACGCAGCAAAACCGCCAACUCGAAACUCAAUUGGAAAAACAUGACAUUCAAAACCACGACGUUGGAUGUGGGUUCACUGUACCGGUAGUAACCAGCACAAGUGAGAACGAAUCUUCGAAAUCUGGAUUGAGUCGCGCGCAGACCAUGAAAUCAGCAGCGGGUAGAGUAGAACCGCCAUCAGAAGGGAUUAGAAACAGAUCCGCCACCACUGCUGGUCCAAAAAUACAACCAAAUAGUCGAGGAGAUCAAGUUGAUCUUCUGGAAAAAUACGUUUUCGAGACGAUACUAACGAAAAACGCAAGAGGAACUAAGGACCUUCAUACAACUGCUAGCACUCCGAACUUAUCGCGUAUUGUUAAUAAUAACGCUAUGACGUUAGGACAGCCGGUCGCCAACGAAUAUAUCUAACAUAUUUUACAACAAAAGUCGUACUGCGAGCUAUUGACGUAGUGUCCUACAUAACACACUUCCAUUUACGCAACAGCAUGUGGUGAAUAAGAUGUGCCCGAUGCGGCAACUUCCGCGUUGCAGUCAAAUAGAGCGCGUGAAAAACACGUUUUGGACAAUAUUCAUACUAUAUUAGGUUUUACACUUUUCAGUCGAAAUUGGCAUGAAACGUGUUUCCGCGAUCGAUUUUUUGCUUUACUUAAUGAGUGCAAUCAUAUUUGCUUGAUUUUGGAACAAAAAUAUAGCGAAUGGCCAUGCCAGGUCGAACCACGUUUAACUUGAGUACAUCGAUGUAUAACCUUUCUAUGAAAAAUUGUUUUAGACUGAAAUAAACCACGAUUUUCGU